AUGGCAAGCAUCGCUUCAGACGACGACCAUUCUUCAACAACAACAUCAAGCGACGAUCACGACACGUCCUUUGCAGAAGACGCUGAGCCCGUGGAAGACACCACGACCAACGAGCUUCGGAUCAGCAUCCCCGCCGGAACCGAUGCAGAUGCCGGCGAGGAGGCAGGCGGCGACAAAUAUGGCCUCCAGGUCCUGGGAUAUCAUAAUAUAUUUCCGAACGACUUCGACGUCGUCACCGUCCAUGGUUUGCAUGGUGAUCCCGAGACAACAUGGAAAGCUCGGGAUGAGUCGAAACGAAACACAGUCUUGGGACUAGAAGACUUUAAAGACGAGUACUUUCGCUUGAUGAACUUUGGCUACGAUUCUGUCAAGGGUCUCUCUAAGGAAGGCAUAGUUGAAGAAGCAUCAAAAUUGCUGCGUCAGCUUACAGAGAAAAGAGAGGAGAGAGACAAAGACCUCUUCCGAGGGAUAGUGUUUGUUUGCCAUGAUAUUGGAGGUGCAAUUGUCAAACAAGCUUUGUGUCAAGCCGUCACAGAUCCACAGUACGCCGACAUCGCCUGCUCAACCAAAUGGAUUAUAUUCCUUGGCUAUCCACACAGGUGGCACAGCGUCUACGACAUGGAAGAGAAGAUUGCACGGCUUGUCUUCUCGGGCCCCAAAGCACCCCAGAGCAAUGUUAUGCUUCAUGUCAAAAAUCUCGCAAGGGCUGUCAUUGAAUGCAAUGAAGCUUUCGUCGAGUCUAAGAUUCUUCUGAGCGCAGAAAUCCUCAGCGGCAGGUCUAACCUUACUGACCUGAAUGAAAGCAUUUUCAAUGAGUAUGAGUCGACGCUCAGGACUGGGUUUACAUUCAGCUACGACUUCUCCCAGCCCCACGCGUUUUUGCCCUGCGCAGAGGAAAUGACCGACUUGCGCUCGAUGUUUGGCGAAUUCAACGAGCGGCUUAGGCUAAGCGGCGGGGAGGUAGAGCGAGCAGAAGAAUAUUCAUAUUUGGACGCGCUCAUCUCAAUUGCGUCUCCGGUUCGAUCGAUACCACUGCACCGGUAUCGGAGCCACCCUCUGGCCGGCAGCCAACAAUACACCAACUGGCUGCAGAACACGCGUUCGGAUGUCUUGAUUGUCCACGGACAAAGGCCGACGCAACGGGUUUCUGGAGCCGCCUUCGAGGACAUCUUACUAAAGUCCCCAUUGGACGACCUGUCAACCUACUUCUCGUUUGAUCAGCAAGAUGACCGAUACAACAACACGCGAGCUUUUCUGGCGACCACGGCGGCGCAGUGGGUGACGAGAGAGCAAGUGACCAGAGCCAAUUUCGACUUUAGGAAUGAGAUGUCUCGCUUUCACGCGCAAGGCGCCUUGACCGACGAAGAUUUGGUCAUCUUGUUGGCCAGAGUGCGAUCCACUUAUACGAAGGGAGAGACGGUGUUUGUGCUGGACAAUCUGGACGAAUGUGUGGACAAGCUGUCUUCGUUCUGGCGUUUGGUUGCCGAAGUGUUCGAAUCGCGGGAGAAGCCCUGGAAGUUCCUCAUCUUCACCAAGUCGGCAGACUCUCUUGACGAGUGGCUGAAGAGCUGGCCGAGCAUCGAGCUUGAGAAUGAAUUCUCACCCGAUGACCUCGAUCCCUGCGUCAGAGAUGAGAUUGACUGCAGGUUGGAUCGAUUCGACACCAACUACGCAGUCGGACAGACAGUUCGGAGGUUUAGAGAAGAUCUUUUGAGGAAAUGCGGUAACGACAUCGGCCUGACUCGGCUCUUACUCCAAGAUCUCGGGAACUACCACUCUCAAGAUACGCUCACAGCAGCUCUGAAAGCUCUGCCGGAUACGAAUGUGGAAAUUCUGGCUGAGAGGGCACUGAACGCUAUACCGGAAGAAAAACGCAGCUUGGUAGCCAGAGCCAUCACUUGGGUCCUAUUUGCCUUCCGCCCCCUCAGCAUCGGCGAACUGCACUCAGCACUUGGCAUUUCGGAGCAAAUCCAAGGUUCGGAUAGUACAAACGCGCUGGCUGACGUCUCGAUCUUCGAUUUUUCCAACGUGCAGGAAGUCCGGUUCCAGCAUCCAAAGCUGAGGGAUAUCAUUCUUCAGUCUGAGAAUGAGUGGUACGAUGUCAAGGGAACUGCACACGAGAUGAUAGUAGAGACUUGUAUCAAGUUCCUUGACACUGCCACCGCCCAUGACUCUUUGGACGCAGUGUGCAGUGUUCGGCAUGACGUUCUGUCCACACCAUCGGUCAAGCCACGGACGGAUCUGGCAAACUACGCCGUUUGGUACUGGGACCGACAUUACAGUCUUGCCCCUGACAAGUCCCGUUUGAUACCGCAGGUGUUGGACUUUUUCCGGUACAAAGCGUCUCCACGGGCAUGGCAGAUGGCCCGCUGGUUCAUGUCGAAUCCGAUUUCUAGGACGGACCGCACAUAUGUAUCAAAACUCCCAAUCCUGGCCUCGACCGGCCUUCAGGACAUCUAUGAGCGCUGGAUAGAAGACCAGAAUGUCUCUCAAGCCGACGAGAAGCUGUGGCUCCCUUAUUCUGUUGCCGAAGCAGCAAGGAAUGGUCAUCGUAACAUGGUCCUUCGCCUGCUUCGGUCAGUAGAGCUCGACAGCACGACGGCCGAGUAUGUCCUCACGGCCGCGUGCUCUGGCGGAGAUGAGGACAUAUUGCUCGACCUAAUCUCCCACAUCCGGACUGCACUGCCCUCAUUCACGUGGCCAUCUUUCCUCGUCCGCCGCGCGUCCUGGAUCGGCCACGCCCGUGUCGUGCAGGCUCUGAUCGACUUUGGCGCCGACGUCAGCGGCAAGGAGGGAGCCAUGUUCGGCCAAUGCUCCCUCCACGUCGCAGCGCGCAACAGCCAACUAGAAGUCGUCAAGCUCCUCGUCAAACACGACCCCAACCUCGUCCACGCGCCAGACGAAGACAACACGGCCCCGCUGUACUUCGCCACCAUCCGCGGCAAUCACGAGGUCGUCAAAGUGCUCCUCGAAAACGGCGCCCCCGCCAACGACAGCGUAGAUAUCCCCAUCAUCUGCGCCUGCAGCAGCGGCGCCCCGGCCGCCGUGCGCCUCCUCCUCGAACACGGCGCGCAGACGGAAACGGUCCGCGACGAAGACUGGAAACGGCCGCCUCUGCACACGGCCGUCGCCGAAAACGCCGCGCGCUGCGUCGACGUCCUGCUUGAAUUCAAGGCCGACCCGAACCACAUGUGUUCGGGCGGAACAGCGCUGCGUAUAGCCGCCGCGAACAACCGGCUGGCCAUGGUGAAGCAGCUGGUCGAAUGCGGGGCUGAUGUCAACGCGCGGCCCGACGAGGAGAGCCAGACGCCGCUGCACGAGGCGACGGGCCUCACUUCCGGCGGCAUGGAGAUGGCCCAGUACCUGCUCGACCACGGCGCCGACGUCAACCUGCGCACGCCGUCGAGCGGGCCGCUCUUCGCCGCCUGCCUGGCCAACGACGCGGACAUGACGCGGCUGCUGCUUGAGAAGGGCGCCAGCGUCAACGACGUCUACAGUGACAUCUGGACGCCACUGCAUGGCGCGUUCAAGAGCGCCGAGGUGACGCGGCUGCUGCUCGAGGCGGGCGCCGACGUCGACCGGGUCCUCGAAGAAAACGGGCGGUCGCCGCUGUUCCUGGCCGCAGAAUGGGGCCAGACGGACGUCGUCGAAGCGCUGCUCGAGCAGGGCAAGGCUGACACCAACAUACGGUUCCUGCCGCGCGACGAAGAGUACAUGUCCGGCUUCACGCCGCUCGCCGUCGCGCUCAAAGAGAACCACGACGACACUGCGCGCCUCCUGCUCGAAUACGGUGCCGACACCAGCAUCAAGGCGGUGAGCGGCAUGCUGCCCAUCUACAACGCCAGCACCACGGAGCUGCUGCGGAUGGUCCUCGAGUUCCGCCCGGACCUCAGCCUGGAAGACGCAGACGGCGACACGGCCCUCAACGCCAUCAUGCACCGCCUCAACCCCGAGCUCGCCGAUGCCAAGCUCCUCGUGCACGCCGGCGCUGACGUCAACGCUGCUAAUAAGGAGGGCCGCACGCCGCUGCACAAGGCGCUGGCCUGGAACCACUUCGACAUCGCGCGCUUCCUGCUCAAGCGCGGCGCCGAAACCGACAUCAACGCCCUGUCCGGCGGAACGCCACUCCACCUCGCCUGCUGGAGCGGCACGAUCGAGGGCGUGCGGCUGAUGGUCGAGAAGGCCGGCGCGGACAUCAACAUCGUCAACGGCUUCCUCGGCUCGCCCGCGCAGGCCGCCUGCCGCCGCGCGUCGCCGCUCGACUGGGGCUUCGAAGAGGUCGUCGUGCCGGGCACGCUGGACAUGCUGCGCUGCCUCGUCGGCGACGAAGACAAAGACAGCCCCCCCUCCUCCUCUGCGGGCACCACCAACAGCAAGAAGAAGAAGAAGAAAACGAUGGACGUCAACGCCCCCGGCGGCCUCUACGGCUCCGCCCUCGGCGCCGCCGCCUACCACGCCACCGUCCCCGUCAUCCAGUUCCUCCUCUCGCUCGGCGCGCGGACAGACAUACGAGACCAGUCCGGCCGCUCCCCCAUCCACCUCGCCGCGGCGGCGUCGUCGAGCACCCCGGCCAACUUCGAGGCCCUGCGCGACGCCAACGCCGACCUCUACGCGCGCGACAAGGCGGGGCGGACGGUCGUGCACUUCGCCAUCGUCAGCGGCCGGCUCGACGUGCUGCAGUGCGUGCUGGCGGCGACGGACGGGUUGUUGGACGUCGCGGAUGACGACGGGUGGACGCCGCUGCAUUACGCGGCGCGCGGCACGUAUCAUCGGUUUGCGGCGUGGGAGGACGGGGACGGCGGAAGGGAUGAUCAGAAGCAUGAGAUGGUGGCAUGGCUGGUGGAGCAGGGGGGCGCGGAUGUGUGGGCGGUGAGUAGUGAGGGGAAGAGGUGGUCGCCGCUGAAGUUGGCGAAUUAUCAUGGCGCGAAGAAGGAGACGCUGGAGUUGUUGACGCCGCGGAUUAAGACGAGUGCCGAGGGGAGGGUGUGGGUGGAGGAGGAGCAUGCGUCGAAGAGGGCGUUUGAGGGGUCGCAGUUUUGUGAUGCUUGUCUUUUUAAAGUCUGCGGUGUGCGGUACAGGUGCAAGGAUUGUUGGGAUUUCAACUUCUGUUACAAGUGCUACGCGCGCAGAGACGUGUUGCAUCCGGAUCACGAGUGGGAGAUUAUGGGACAGGAGUUUGAGGAUGACCCAGUUUCUGAGCCUGAGGCGGCAGAGGAGGACUCGGAGAGCGACGAUGACACUGACUGUGAUAGCGAUGACAGCGAUGACAGCUCUAGCAAGGGAUCUUCUGCGUAG